AAAACUGUUAAAGGAGACUAUUAAAGAAGCUACUAGUCGGAAUUAUCAGGGUAGUUUAGUUUCUAAUAAUUUGAACAAAAGCUUGGAGAAAACAGACGUUACUGUAGGAAAUGAAGAAAUGGUUUUGAAAGAAUUUUCAAAAGAAUUGCAGUCUAAUGUAGAAGAUUCUUAUGAAAAGAAAGUAUCAAUUGACACCGCUUCACAGGAUUAUAUUUUCAUUAAAACAGACUUAAUGUUUGAUGUCAAUAGCUCGACAGAAUACCAGAAAGAGUCUGUGAAACGAAGGAAAGAAGAUAUUGCAGCAUUGUAUAAUGAUUUAAUGGUUUCUUCGUCACAAGAUACUCAAAAUUUACAAGAAUGGUUUGACAAAAAAAGUAAAAGUUUAGGAGAAGCAGAAAAAGAUCAUAACAAGAAGGAUAAUAUUUCAAUGAGAAAUAUUUUGGACGGCGAUACAAAUAAAGAAAACCAAAUUGAAACGAAGGAAUUAGAAGCAGUUAGUAAAUCAACUGCUGAAAAUGAUACAAAAUCAAUAGACAAGGUUGAACAAAAU